AUGAACGAACACAAUCUAGGAAUGGACCAUCAAGAAAGACAACCAAAGCCAUCAAGAAGCCCGACGGAACGAGCUUGGGUGUCUCCUGUCAGAAGUCUGACCGGUUACUGUCGGACAGUCAAGUUUCAUCGCCUCGACUAUUUACGCUUGAUUGGUGAAGCGACAACUGCUCGUAAGAACAGAGAUACAGUUGGUUCCGGAAUCUUUUGA